AUGACACGAUGGCUAUUAUCUACAAAUGCUAAAGAUAUUGGAACACUUUACCUUAUUUAUGCUAUUUUUAUGGCAUUAGUAGGUACAGGUUUAUCUGUUCUAAUUCGAUUAGAACUAUCAGCACCUGGUAGUCAAUUCUUAGCUGGUAACCACCAACUAUUCAAUGUAAUUAUUACUGCACAUGGACUUAUUAUGUUAUUAUUCGCUGUUGUACCUAGAAUGGCAGGUUUUGGUAACUAUAUGGUUCCUGUAUUAAUUGGAGCACCUGAUAUGAGAUUCCCUCGAUUAAAUAACAUUUCAUUCUGGAUUUUAAUUCCGGCUACAGUAUUAUUAGUAGGAAGUGUUUUCGUAGAACAAGGAGCAGGAACAGGAUGGACAUUAAACGGCAAUAUGGUGUCCGAAAUGUUAAAUUUAUCUAGAUUUAACACGACAAAAAUUCCACUCGAUGCGGGAAACUCCUCAACUUGGAGCUACCUACUCGUGAUUUUUAGUUUAAUCGCAGUAAAAAUGGUAGUAACACGGGGACAAUCCGCCUGGGCUAAAUAUUUACAUACUUCUAGCUCAUCAGAGACUAAAUGUGGAACAUUAUUUAAGGAUAAAAGUUGGUUUGAACAAUGGUUAGUAGGUAUUGUUGAUGGAGAUGGUAGUUUUACAUUUACAGGAACUAACGGUAAAUGGACUUUAGAAUUUAAAGUAGGACAAAGUUCAUAUAAUCUACGUUUAUUACAUUAUAUUAAAUCAAUGUUAGGUGUAGGAACUGUUUAUGUACCUAAAAACGGGAGAACUGCUAGAUAUCGAUUACGAAAUGUGGAACAUAUUAUUCUACAUUUAAUUCCUAUUUUUGAUAAAUAUCCUCUAUUAACAAGUAAGUAUUAUAACUAUGAUCUAUUCAAGCAAGCAGCUUUAAUUUUAUAUGAUAAAAAUUUAACUUCUAAAGAAAAGGAUGUUAAACUUCAAAAUCUAAAAAGAAAUAAGAAUAUUCCAAAUAACUAUAUUUCACCUAGAUGGUCAAUUAUUAAUAAUAUUGUUUCAUCUAAAGAUAGAGCUUCUUUAGUUAUGUCAAAACCAUGGUUAAUUGGUUUCACAGAAGCUGAAGGUAGUUUUUUCAUUGGGAAAAAAGGUGGAAAUCGUUAUGUACAUUAUUUUGUUAUUACUCAAAAACUAGAUUUAAUUGUAUUACAAGCAAUUAGUUAUAUUUUAAAUAUUCCUUUAAAUCAACAUAAAACUUAUUUUGCAGUAGAAACUUCAAAAUCUUCUAAUAUUGCAAAUAUUAUUGAUUAUUACAAUAAUACAAUUAAAGGUAUGAAAUCUUUAGAAUUCCGUAUCUGGUCACGAUCCUUUAAAAAAGGAGAAAAAUAUAGUGCACCUGAACGAUAUGAGUAUUUAAGAAAAAUUCAAGAACAAAUGCGGAAUAUUCGAUCUAUUCGAUUAGAUAAAAAUUUUCAAAAAGCUAAUUCCACUAAAUAA